AUGUCCAAAGCGCCCUUCGAACGAGAUCUCCAUGAUCGCAUCCCUACCUAUGAAGAGGCAGUCGCUGUCUCGCCCUAUGCAUCAGACCAGGACCCAAGACUGAGACCAGCGUCGAGCACAUCUUUGAUCCGACAGGAACGUACGCGACGUAUCUACGAGCUAGUCGUAGAGUCUCUCAUCCCCUGUUUUGCAACCCAUGUGUCCAACUUAUGCAACCACCUCACCAUCGUUGUCGUCCCAGCGGACAUGCUGAGGUCGACGGGAACUCUGACCCAACAGAACGUCGUUUCACCCUCAUUGCCCAGUCACCAGACCACGGGGGUCAUCAUCACCCUGGUCGGAAGUGAGAACCACUCUUCCUUCUGGAUGCAGCAAGCGGUGAUAGAAGAACUGGAUCUCAUGCUUAGAAGGGAGCUCUCCAAUCCAUCCACAACCGAGACACGAUCUGAGCGGCUGGAUGAGAAACCUCAACCCCAGUUCCAAUCGCAAUUCCAAGUCCAACCAGCACCGGGAGCUUCAUUACCGCCCCGACCCACCAAAUCAUCCUGGUUCAAGCGUGCCUUUGUUCUCCCCGGACCAGACCACGAUCCGACAGGUGAGACGGGCAAGUGGAAUCUUGGAUGGCGCAGUCCCGAGCUGGCUGAAUCAAGCAGCGGCGACAGUAAUUCAACGUCCAAAAGACGAGAAGGGAACAGAACACUCCAGACAGACGAGGUGGCCGUGCAUACAAGGUUACAGGAUGUCAGUUUUCGAACAGAGAACGAAAUGGGGCUUCUGGAGACCACCACAGUUAAGUGCAUAUGGAUAGAAAUCGAGGUUGGCCUAUAA